CGGAGAACAAAUUUCGUGACUUUUCCUCUCCCAACAAAAAAAAGCAAGAAAAAUCAGCCGCAGAGGAGGAGGAAGGAAUCGAAAGAGUGUGAGAAUGGCGGCUUCAGGCGGCGAGAGUCAGUGCAUUGGGAGGUUCGUGGACGAAAGUGACGUGGACACCAAGCGGGUUUACUUGGCUCGCAAGACAGUUCUCGAGAUGCUUCACGACAGGGGCUACGAGGUUGUCGACUCGGAACUGAGUUGCUCACUCGACGAGUUCCGUUCCAGUUUCGGAGACAAGCCGAAUCUCGAACGAGUCCGUAUUUGCGUCCCUCUUCGUGAUGAUCCUGGUAGAAAGAUGCUUGUUAUAUUCAUGGGGACUGAACCGAUAACCGUGAAAUCAAUUCGUGCUGUCCGUGGUCAGAUUGCUGGCAGUGAAGGCUUACAUGGCCUGAUCUUGGUCUUACAGAGUAAAAUGAACCGCUUUGCUCAAAAUGAAUUGCCAACAUUUCCUUACAAGGUUGAAACUUUUAUGAUAACAGACUUGUUGGUGAACAUCUCAAAGCACGUUAUGCAGCCAAAACACGAGGUUUUAAGCGAAGAAGAGAAGGCAAGGUUGUUGAAGAAGUAUGGCCUAGAGGACAAGAUGCUUCCACGUAUGCUGGAGAGUGACAGCUUUGUCAAAUACUAUGGAUUGGAGAAGGGUCAGGUGGUCAAGUUUAUGUACAAGGCAGAGCCUGUUGGAUCAUUUGUCACAUACCGUUGCAUCGUUUGAUUCUUUUUUUACGCCUCAAUUCCUCAUUUAAGUUUAUUGAGAAUUUUUUAGUGUUUGGCUUUUUUUGCCAAGAACAGUUUUAAAACCUUAAAGCUUUAGGACUUCGAAGCUGAGACAAUCUGUGUUUCUUUUCGUUUUCCAGCUUUCUGAAUGCAGAAUUGUUCUCA